GUGGGCAACAGAAGAGAGCUUGGGUAGCUCUGUAGCCUUUGCUCUGGCUCCGGGAGACCAUGCAUCCUUGCAUUGACCUGCGCGGCCACAGGCGGGGACUUGACUUCUGGAGCUGAGGGCUGAAACUUUGUGACUUUUCUUCUCCCCGAAGAAAACUGAAUCAUGCCAUGUGCGCAGAGGAGCUGGCUUGCAAACCUCUCUAUGGUGGCUCAGCUCCUCAACUUCGGGGUACUUUGCUAUGGCACACAGCCUCAGCCAGGUCCGGUUCGCUUCCCCGAACAGAGGCAAGAGCAUUUUAUGAAGGCCUUGCCAGAAUAUCACGUGGUGGCCCCCGUCCGAGUAGAUUCUAGUGGGCAUUUCCAGUCCUAUGGCUUGAACCAUCCUGUUACCAGCAGCAGGAAGAAAAGAGGUUUGGAUGUCUCAGAGGACAGGGUAUACUAUAGAAUUUCACACGAAGAGAAGGACCUGUUUUUUAACCUGACAGUCAAUCGAGGAUUUCUUUCCAACAGCUACAUCCUGGAGAAGCGGUACGGGAACCUUUCCCAUGUUAACAUGGUGGCUUCCUCGGGCCCCCCUUGCCAUCUCAGGGGCACAGUUCAGCAGCAGAGCACUGCAGUUGGGACUGCAGUCCUCAGUGCCUGUCAUGGACUGACUGGAUUUUUCCAUCUACCACACGGAGACUUUUUCAUUGAGCCUGUUAAAAUGCAUCCAGUGGCCAAGGGAGAAUACCACCCCCACAUCAUUUACAAGAGCCAGAAGCAGAGAGUUACAGAGAGGAAGGAGCCAACCUGUGGAUUAAAGGACAGUCUUGGGACCUACAAGAAGCAAGAGCUUCGGCGAGAGAAGUGGGAGAGGAACAAUGCCUUGCCAAGCCGAAGCCUUUCUCGGCGUUCCAUCAGCAAGGAGAGAUGGGUGGAGACACUGGUGGUGGCUGACACGAAGAUGAUUGAAUAUCAUGGGAGUGAGAACUUGGAGUCCUACAUCCUCACCAUCAUGAACAUGGUCACUGGGUUGUUUCAUAACCCAAGCAUUGGAAAUGCAAUUCACAUUGUUGUGGUUCGGCUCAUUCUACUUGAAGAAGAAGAGCAAGGGUUGAAAAUAGUUCACCAUGCAGAGAAGACAUUGUCCAGUUUCUGCAAAUGGCAGAAGAGCAUCAAUCCCAAAAGUGACCUUAACCCUGUCCAUCAUGAUGUGGCUGUCCUUCUCACCAGAAAAGACAUCUGUUCUGGUGUCAAUCGUCCCUGUGAAACCCUGGGUUUGUCUCACCUGUCAGGAAUGUGCCAGCCCCACCGAAGUUGUAACAUCAAUGAAGACUCUGGACUCCCGCUGGCUUUCACGAUUGCACAUGAGCUGGGACACAGCUUUGGCAUCCAGCAUGAUGGCAAAGAAAAUGACUGUGAACCCAUGGGCAGACAUCCCUACAUCAUGUCCCAUCAGCUCCAGUAUGAUCCAACCCCGCUGACCUGGUCCAAGUGCAGCAAGGAGUACAUCACCCGCUUCUUGGACCGCGGCUGGGGGUUCUGUCUUGAUGAUGUCCCCAAAAAGAAAGGUUUGAAGUCCAAAGUCAUUGCCCCUGGAGUGAUUUAUGAUGUUCAUCACCAGUGCCAACUCCAGUAUGGCCCCAAUGCUACCUUCUGCCAGGAAGUAGAAAACAUUUGCCAGACACUGUGGUGCUCAGUGCAAGGCUUCUGUCGCUCUAAGCUGGAUGCUGCAGCAGACGGGACCCGAUGUGGUGAGAAGAAGUGGUGCAUGGCUGGCAAGUGCAUCACAGUGGGGAAGAAACCAGAGAGCAUCCCUGGAGGCUGGGGCCUCUGGUCACCCUGGUCCCACUGUUCCAGGACCUGUGGGGCUGGAGUCCAGAGUGCAGAGAGGCACUGCAACAACCCUGAACCAAAGUUUGGAGGGAAAUACUGUACUGGAGAAAGAAAACGUUAUCGCUUGUGCAACGUCCACCCCUGUCGCACAGAAGUACCAACAUUUCGACAGAUGCAAUGCAGCGAAUUUGACACCAUUCCCUACAAAAAUGAAUUCUACCACUGGUUUCCUGUUUUUAAUCAAGCGCAUCCUUGUGGGCUCUACUGCCGACCCAUAGAUGGCCAAUUUUCUGAAAAAAUGCUGGAUGCUGUCAUUGAUGGCACCCCUUGCUUUGAAGGUGGCAACAGCAGAAAUGUCUGUAUUAAUGGCAUAUGUAAGAUGGUUGGCUGUGAUUAUGAGAUUGAUUCCAAUGCCACAGAGGACCGCUGUGGUGUAUGCCUGGGAGAUGGCUCUGCCUGCCAGACUGUGAGGAAGAUGUUUACACAGAAAGAAGGAUCUGGUUAUGUGGACAUUGGACUCAUUCCCAAAGGAGCAAGGGACAUAAGGGUAAUGGAAAUCAAAGGAGCUGGAAACUUCCUGGCCAUUAGGAGUGAAGACCCUGAAAAAUAUUACCUCAAUGGAGGGUUUAUUAUCCAGUGGAAUGGGAACUACAAGUUUGCUGGGACCAUCUUUCAGUAUGACAGGAAAGGGGACCUUGAGAAACUGAUGGCCCCAGGCCCCACCAAUGAGUCAGUGUGGCUCCAGCUCCUCUUCCAGGUGACUAACCCUGGUGUCAAGUAUGAGUACAUAAUCCAAAAAGAUGGUCUUGACAAUGAUGUGGAGCAGCUGGUGUAUUUCUGGCAGUUUGGCCGCUGGACAGAGUGCAGUGUAACAUGUGGAACGGGUAUCCGUCGCCAGACUGCUCAUUGUGUGAAGAAAGGCCAAGGGAUGGUGAAAGCCACAUUCUGUAACCCAGAAACACAGCCUAAUGGGAGACAGAAGAAGUGCUAUGAAAAGGACUGUCCACCCAGGUGGUGGGCCGGGGAGUGGGAAGCAUGUUCAACAACAUGUGGGCCCUAUGGAGAGAAGAGGCGAACAGUGUUGUGUAUCCAGACCAUGGGCUCUGAUGAGCAAGCUCUCCCGGCUACAGACUGCCAGCACCUGCUGAAGCCCAAGGUCCUCAGUUCCUGUAACAGAGAUAUCUUGUGUCCAUCGGAUUGGACGGUGGGCAACUGGAGUGAGUGCUCUGUUUCCUGUGGUGGUGGAGUGAGGAUUCGCAGUGUCACUUGUGCCAAGAACCAUGGUGAACCUUGCGACAAGACAAAGAAACCGAAUAGCCGAGCUCUGUGUGGCCUUCAGCAGUGCCCAUCAAGUCGGAGAGUUCUGAAACCCAACAAACCCACAAUUCCCAGUGGGAAAAAUCUACCAACAUCUGACCAAGACCCCUUAAAGCUCACCCCUCCACCUUCAUCGCAGCCCACACUGCUGACCACACCCACAGCCCCUGGGGCUAGAAGUGCAAGCACGCUGGGGAUCAGCAGCCCCAAUUCCACCACAGCCUCCAAAGAGGGAGACCUGGAUGGAGGUCUGGAUGGAGAAUGGUGGCAGAAUAUGUCAAGUCAAACUGAACUGGACUCCCACUAUCUCAUUCCCACUGGAAGCACUUCUCAGCCCAUCCUCACUUCCUGGUCUUUGGGUAUCCAACCCAACAAUGAAAACGAUUCUAAUUCAGAUAGCACUUUUACCUCAGAUGGAGACAUUGUAGCUACAACAAGAAGUGCUUUUGACUUGUCAUCUUCCAGCAAUGCUACGACUUGGCAGAUAACUCCAUUCUAUGAUACCUUGACCAAAGAUCCAGAAAUGGAAAUUCACAGUGGCUCAGGGGAAGACAGUGAACAGCCUGAGAACAAAGAUGAAAGCAACUCUGUAACAUGGACCAAGAUCAGAGUACCUGGAAAGGAUGAUCCAAUGGGAAAAAAUACAGAAAUGCCACUUGGAGCUCCACCAACGCCUUAUGAUGGGGAUGAGUCCUUAUGGCAUCCCUUCAGCACAGUGAUGGAAGGAUCACUACCUAGCCAAAGACCCAGAACCCUUAAAAAUGAACCAUCCAGAGCUGAGGGAAUGGCCACUGAAAAGCCAAGUAAUGCCCCAUUCCCUGUUGAAGAAGAGCAAUGGCCAACACCCUCAGAAAAGUCAAUAAAUCAUAACUACCUGGGACUUCCAAACAACAAGAAUCAAACACAAGAUCCUGGACCAAUCCUGACUGAGGAAGAUGCAACCAGUCUUAUCGCUGAAGGUUUUUUGCUGAAUGCCUCCAAUUACAAGCAGCUUGCUAAGGACCACAGCCCUGCAUAUUGGAUUGUUGGAAACUGGAGUGAGGAAUCCAGCUUCAAGAAUAACAAAGAUUUUCAUGCUUACAGUAAUGUAAUUUGCUGAAAGAAGGAGACAAAUGACUCUCAUGAGGCAUUUUAGUCAUAUUUCUUUCCUAAUCUCAGCAAUAGGAAGAUGUUGGUGGUGAACUUUUACAAAGCAUGCUUUAUAAGCAUGAUUUUAUGCUAAUUAGCAUGACAUGGCUCAUUUAAACCUUACCACGACCAUAGGAGAUUCGUAAUAUUUUCCUGCUUUAGAGGUAAAUAAACUGAAUCUGAGAGAAUUUAAGUAGCCAGAAUCAUGUGCACUCUAAGUGAUGGAGCAGUAAGGAAUAGACUGAUGCUUUAAGGUUUACACAAAGAAAUAGGAUGUUGUUAAUGCCUAGGAACAAAAGGCACAACAGUGGAUAUAUUAGAUUUGACAAUCUGCAGGUCACAGGUGACUUUGGGGAGAACAAUAUCAGCUCUGAGAUCCAGGGAAACACCAAAUUGCAAUAAAAAGGGGAAACUUUUAGGGGUCUAUGAUAGUCAUCAGAUUGAGCCCUACAUUAGGACUUUGAAUAAGACUGGAGGGACAUUUCUUUUUCCACAGCUUAAUACAAAAGUUUUCUUUAAAAAAAUAGCUAUGAGAUCACCCAGAAAUUAGUUUUCUUUCCUAUCCUCUCAUCUUUUCAUCCAUCCUCAAAUCCCAGAACAAUUGUGCAAUUGAAUUUAAAUGUGUUGUAAUGAUUUUUGUCCUGAGGAUAUUUAAUAUAUGUUAACUGAUAAAUGUUAAUUGACUCAAUAAAAAUUACUGCGUCCAAAAUAAACUAAACCACAAUAAAGUGCACAUCAACCACCAUGACUGUUUGAGUGCAAAGAUUAACACAUUUUGAUUAUAGUAAAUCAAGAUACAAAAAAUUCAUUUUAUUUCAGAUGUCAUCAUUUGACUUUGACAGAAAUAAAGUCUUAAUACAUCAUAGCUUUGCAGAAUGUCAGCAGCGGUGGUGGAGCCAUUAAUAGCUGUUAAUUCCAAGCAGUUUGAUUAAAAGAAAAAAAAAAAGAAUUAGCCCAUUGCGUAGUUUUCCAGAGUUAUAAAAAUACCAAGAAUUGGAGUUCAGUGUUUAGUGGGAGUCCACUUCAUGACAGGGCUUGGUGCCUUUAUACACGUUUGUUUUGAGAUAAGAAGUUUCAUAAUUAGAAUUGCCAGAGAGGGUCAGGACUCAGGAUGGAAGCUUUGGGUUUUGAGUUUCUCAUCAGCCCUGAAACUGUUUCUUAAGGGUUGUCUCUUUUUAAUGGGUUACUCACCUCCAGUGAACUCCAGAAUCAACACUGAUAUCGACCUUCUCUGUCCUACCAAAAAAUAAACUACUAAUAGUUUUUCAUAUCAGUGUCACCUCAUCAUUUCUGCCAUCUCCUUGAUUUCCUGUUGGUUUAAGGCCCAGUGGUUUCCACUGUGAUGGAGGAAGGAUUUGGAAAUGAGAACGGAUGAUUUUUCUAGUUAGGAAAGGGCACUGGAACCAACAUUCAAAGUCUGAGAGCCAAGAAUAAUAAAGGGAAGUCCCUUAUAAGGAAGAAUUGUCCCGUUUAAGACGCCAUUGGUACCCCAGUCCCUGAGAAUGCAGGUCCCCUGUUCCUACUUUCACCUAGAACACUGCCCUUCCUGCCUCACUGGUCUAUACACUCCAUUCUCUCCCUUCUCAAGUCUUCCACACAUGAUUGCAAAAGAUACGAGACUGCCAAGUCUGCCUUCCAAAAGGAAUAUUCUAAUCAUUCUACAGUUCUGCUUACAGGCAUAUGCAACAUGUGGCCCAUGGGCUGGACACACCUACGCUAUAAUAAAAAUAUUUUUAAAAAUUUUGUUACUUUUAGACAUUAAUUAUAUUAUUUAUUUUAUAUUCAGGCUGAGACAAUUCCUCUUCACUCAAGAGAGCCCAGGCAAAUUAGGCAUAUCUAACCCUCAGGCCACAGGUUGGACAAGCUUGCAUGGUUCCUCAUUACAUACCAAAUCAGAUAAAAUCCACUGUAAUUUAGCACCCAAUGGCCCUCACAACUUUACAUAAUCUGGCUUUCAAACCUUACUGCCCCCAACUUUGGGUUGUCCAUCUUACGCUUCAAUAAAUCUAAAUUGCUCAAUUUCCUUUAAACCUCUCCCUCUCCCCAUCCAAUGCUUUAUUCAUGCUGUUUCCUCUGCUUGGGAUCUCCUCCCCUCUUCUCCCCUUUCAAAUCCUACUUAUUCUUCAGGAUCAAGUUUUGAGCUCCCUCUUCCAUAAAGCUUUUUGAUCUCUAAGCCAGGAAGGCAUGUUUAGUUCAUUAGGCUUUGGCUGGAAUCUUUCUUAAGAUGGACUCCCACUUUUUGUCCUGCAUUGCAAGACUGUCCAAGGCUCCCCUUAUAUAUAACAUACUUAUUUUACUAAUUGUGAUUUCAAAAAUUAAAUAAUUGGUGUAACAACUAAGUUAACACCAUCAAGAGGCAUAAAGCUUGAAACUGAAUUUUCUGGAUUUGAAUCCUGACUCAGUUGCUAACUAUAUGUUCUUAUUCUUUCUCAGUUUCCUCAUCUAUAAAAUGUGAAUGGUAAUUCCUCACUCAUAAGAUUAUGAGGUAAAAGGAAUAAUUGUCUGUAAGGUACUCAGAAGAGUGUCAGGCACAUGGAAGGUACUCAGAAAGUGUUUUCUCUGGUCUGAAUUUACAAAACAGAAAACUUAGGUGCCAUGCAGUGUCCAUAUGGGUAGGGCUUUUAUUUUGACAGAAAUUCAUCUCUCCUUGGAUUGCUGCAUGAUGCAGUCAGUUCCCUUGGGCCAGUUAGAUAUAGGCUGUGCAGUCCUGUAGAAUGAAAGUGACAGUAUGAUUUUCCACAGCCUUUCAGAGAAGCUUUCGCAGGAUGCUGAUGUGACCCUCAGAAUCAGUUCCAAUUCUGAAUCCCCCAGCACCUGCUUCUUGGCCUGAUUAAUCCAUUGCUGUAAGGUCACUAACUGUGACAGGAUGAAUAAAAUAAAUCUGUUCCUCCACCUCUUCAGAUCCUUCUUUUCUUAUCCCUUCACCCACUCCAAAUUUGAAACUAAUUUCAUAAGUAAAAAUCUAAUUGAAAGAAUCCCACUUUUACUAUGUUCCAUAGGCUUCCUCUUUUCAGCUUUCCUUUGAACUGUUGUUUGUUGCCUAAAUAGAAACUGUCAAAAGAAUUAAACAAAUUUCGGUUCUUGAGUAGGACUAGAUUCAGAGCCUCAGAGAUAAUGUACAUUUAUUUGCAAUAUAAAUGAGAUACAAACAACUACAGGCAUCACUUGAGAGUUAAUGAGAUCGUCACUGGCCUGAAAAUUUGUGACGUUCAGCAUGACUCCUAAACCCUGUUGGUCUCCACUAUCUGGAAACUGGGGUUUGCGAUCUGUGCGAGCAGAUGUGUAGUGCUGAAUAGGUAACACUUGUAGAACACUGGCUGUGUGUGAAGCAGGGUACAGGGACAAUCUCCUUUAGUCCUCACAACAACCCAUUGAAGGAGGGAGGUCCUAGUGUUACCACCAGUUUUACAGGCUUUGGGGAGUUAGGAAGCUGUGAAAGAUCACACUGUUUGCAACUGCAGAACUGUAAUUGGACCCUCAGCUGUAAGACUGUACUGAUCUCAGCCUGGUUGUCAGAUGCCUGCUGCAGGGUCAGCUGAGCCUAGCUGGUCUGGGAUGGACUGGGGUGGGUCACCUGGCUCUGUUUCACAUAAACUCUCAUCCUCCAGCAGGUAGUCCAGGUUUAGUCUCAUGGUAAGGCAGAGGUUGAAGGGCUAGGAUGGAAAGCAAGACCUUUGGAGAACUAGCACAUCAUUCACUACGUCCUGUCAGCCAAAACAAAAAACAGCCCCAAUUCAAGAGCUGAGGAAACAGACUUCAUCUCUUGAUGAGAGAAGCUACAAAGAGCACACAUGAAAGGAAGUAUGCACCGCCUGCUGCACAAGCGCAAGGACCCGAGUUCGAUCCCCAGUACAAAAAAAAAAGAAGUAUGAAGAGUGGGGCCACUGGUGCAAUCUGUGGUCAUUGCACACCAGCUGUUAUCAUCUCUACUACAUGUAUGCAUGGGUUGGCACAAAUGAGAAAGACAAGCACUUAUGAAAGACACAAAUUAAUUCUAAAGAAUUUUAAGGUAGAGAUGAGACUGCCUCUAUAUAAAUGAGCCUUUGGUAAGAUGAUGACAUGGGCUAUUUCCUACUUCUUCCUUUCUAUGAUUCCACAAUUUAUGCAUCUAAGGAUUCUAUUAUGUUAUACAUAUAUUUGAAUACAUAUACACUUGUUAUUAUUACAAAAUUUCACACCAAAUACAACAUGAAAUUUUUUGGAGGUUGAAGAUGCAGCAAAAAAAACAUAAAGGCUUAUGUUGAAUUAGAUAAUUCAUCAAAAGAAACAUUCAAAGUGGAGCUUCUUGAACGUCUCCUUUUAAAAGUUACCUCGGAGCUGUGUUCCAUGUGUUCAGAGACAACCCCUCUUCUGAGAAUAAGCAGAAGAGAGGACACAAGAAAAAUGAAUCCUAUGUAGGAAUAAGGCAGAUAAAAUGUAAGAAAUUAUGGGGGAAAUUUUGCAUGAUCUUCCAGGUUACCCUGAGCUAAACCUGGGAUAUUGAAGAAUUAUAAAGAAAUGAAAACACCUUGAGAGAAAUGUGCUGUACACAAAGCAGAAGAUGACUGAUAUAGUCGCCACCAGUGGAUCAACCAGUGAAAAGCACCGUUUUGUAACUUCUUUCUAAUUCUAAGUGUGGUCUGAGGGCCAAAGGCAAUGACAUGCCGGAAGACCUUGUUAGAAAGGCAAAUAUCUGCCCCAUUGCAGAUCUGCGGAGUCAGAAUAUGCAUUUAGCAAGACCCCAGGUGCUUCCUGUGGACACUAGAGACUGAGGGACACUGCUGCAAUGCACAUCAGACUGGAUUUUGGAGGCAGAAACCCCAUCUUACUGGUUGGGCAAGUCAACUCUCUGAGCUUUAUUUUUUUUAAUCUACAUUUUAGUGGCACCAGUCUACAUCCUCCAGGAAGGAAUUAGUGAGACAGUGGAUUGCACUGCUAGGUGGGCAGGAGGUGAGAGGUAGAUGCUGGGAUCUCACAUCCACUCUGAGCAUUGGUGUGAAACACGGCUGUGUGCCUGCAGCCCCUCGCCUUCAUGCCAGGAUUCAUUUUAAAGG